AUGGAAGAAGGAAUUUCGGAAAAGACCGCUUUCACUAAAGAACGCGUUACACUCAAACCAAUAAUACGGAAUUACAUCUUUACAAGCGGAAAAACUAUGCCAGAAAAAUUACUCUCACCAAAAAAAGAAGUCACUUUCAUCAAGAAAGAACAACAAUCACAUUUACGAGGGAAAACUACCGGAAAGGCAUGUCAAAACAAAAACAUUCUCAUUAAAGAAAAGAAAAAUCAUAUUGGAAUGAACUACCAAAGCAAUAUAACAAUUAAACAUCGUGAUGGCUACAUUCUCAAGCGGGAAAACCAAGUUAUUCUCAUUGACGAAAAAGAAAUUACCUUACCAAGAAGGAGCGAAGUACUCGAAUACUUUAUUAUUUUUACAAAUGGAGAAAGUCAAUUUAAAGCAAAUAAUUCUCACCAAGGAAAAAGGAAACUACAUUGGAAUGAACAUUACCCUCGCCAAGAAGGAAUGGACGUUAGAAUAAUCAUAUCGAAAUGA